GCGUGAUAGUGGAAGCAACGUAAUUCGCUUCUUGCAAAUCCGAUCCAAGCCAGAAAGAUCAGUUUUCUUACUGCCUUUAAAGAGGACACACUGAAACAGAUUUUACUGCAUUCUGUUAAACGGCAUCACCUUCUCAACUCUUGGCACAAUUGUUUUCAAAACAGGUCGUACAUUGAUUACAAUAAACACGAAAACAAGAUUUUUUUCUAACACAUUGAUGGGAGGCGUAAAGUCACUUCAAAGUUAUAACAGCCUUGAAUACACUGUUUUUUUCGUUUCAUAUUGCUUUGGAAAAUUGUUUUUAAAGUUUAAAUGUGCAUAAGUGGUCAUAAUAUCGUCUUUAAUAAAUUCAGUGUUAAUUUCCAAUAAUGGCUCUUAUAUUUAAUUACAUAACACUCGCUCUCUUCACAAUUUUGUGUGGCUUGUUUAUUUAUUUAUACUUUUAUUUCACUCGAAACUUCAACUUCUGGAAGGAACUCGGUGUCUCUUACGUAAAACCCCUGCCGUUUGUAGGCAAUCUAAAGGAAGUGAUGUUCCUGAAGGAAAAUAUAGGGAAGACUCUUCAAAGAAUCUACAGCGAACAUAGCGACAAGCCGUUUGUGGGCAUCUUCGCGUUCGAUCAGCCGAAUUUGUUGAUUCGCGACCUGGACUUGGUGAAGAAUAUUCUGGUAAAGGAUGCGCAGAACUUCAUUGACCGUGUCAUCGCAGUUGACGAAAACCUAGACCCUCUGCUUGGAAAGACCAUAUUUGUGACAAAAGGACAACGCUGGCGCCGUGUCAGAGUGAACCUGACUCCGGUAUUUACAUCGGCAAAGAUGAAGUUGAUGUUCUACCUUGUGGAACUCUGUGGCAAGGACCUGGUGAAAUAUCUGGACAUGGUCACAGCUGACGGGACCCCAGUAGAUGUGAGAGAGACGACGGCUAGGUUCACGACCGACGUGAUAGCGUCUUGCGCCUUCGGCAUUAACAGCAACUCGCUCAAGAAUCCCGACGCAGAGUUCAGACGAUACAUGCGCAAUAUUUUCGACUUCUCAAUUAGAAGAGGAUUGGCUGGUCUGACAAUGUUCUUCGCGCCUAAUCUUAAGAGGAUCUUGAAGCUGAAAUUUGUGGAUGACGACACAACCAACUACAUCAGGAAGGCCGUUUGGCAGACAGUGGAUUACAGGGAGAAGAAUGAGGUUAUACGAAAUGAUUUUCUGGAUUCUAUGAUCGAAAUGAGAAAUAAAUGGAAAAGGAGCGUCCAAGAAGACAAAAUACCAGCAAAGAGUCAAGAGAACGAUUCACAUUUUGAAAUAGACGGAGACGAAUUUGUGGCACAGGCUUUCGCAUUUCUAGCAGCGGGUUUUGAAACAUCGGGCACUACACUGAGCUACGCUUUGUACGAACUCGCUUUGCAUUCUGAGAUUCAGCAGAGACUGAGGGCGGAGAUAACGCAGGUUCUGGACAAACACCACGGAGAGCUCACAUACGACUGUUCGUCCUUUCUUCAAUACCCUGGCUUCCACUCUCUUCUUUCAGAGACACUGAGGAAGUACCCGGUAGCUCCAUUCUUGGAUCGGACGUGCCUCAGUGACUACAAACUUCCUUCCCCUUCGGGAAAGGGAACAGUAAUACUACCAAACGGAAUCGCAAUUUUCAUACCGGUACUGGGUAUUCAGAAUGACCCGAAGUACUUCCCAGAACCAGAGAAAUUCGAUCCCGAACGAUUCACAGAGGAUAAUAAGCAGAAUCGACCCAGCUACACACACUUACCGUUUGGUGAAGGUCCUCGUAUGUGCAUCGGAAUGCGGUUCGGGCUGAUACAGGUCAAGAUGGGAUUGAUACACGUACUCUCCAAUUACGAUGUGGCGCCCUGCAAAGACACUCCUGUGCCUAUAGUCAUUGACCCAAAAUCUUUCCUGUUCCAUCCGAUUGGGAAGAUUCCGCUCUCUUUGACACGCAUUUAAGUUUCGUCUUCGGUCAUGAAUCACUCGUUUUUUUACAUGAAGACGAAAAUAAGUGGACGACAAAAUGUGGUUCCUUUAAUUCUAUAUUAAAAGUUUGCUUUUCUGUCGCCCUGUGCAAUUAACAUAGACAAAAUUUCAGUUAAUGAACUAACUACCAGAAGCUUCGAAGUCUGCUUCUCUAUUUCUGUGAUGUACAUUGACAUGUGCGAAGUGUGUGUAAAUUGCUAUUUACGUGUGUUUUUAUUCAUGCUUAAGAAGAUGGAAAUAAAAAUAACAUUUCUGCAUUUA